AGUAUUAUUUUCUUUCCUGAGAAAAAUGAAGUACAAAAAGAGAUGUUUGCCAUCCUGUGUGCCUGGGUGGCAGGGAGACUGCAGGGGUGGUGGGCAGGUGCUGGAUGCAGCCUCCCAGGACCAGCUGUGCUGUCAGGAGCCCAAGGUGUGGACCCCACACAGCCUGGGAGACCACAGGCUCACCAGUACAGGUCACUGAUCGAAGGGACCCAGACCCCAGUCGAAUGCAGAUGCCGCAGGGGAACCCGCUGCUGCUGUCCUAUACCCUGCAGGAGUUGCUGGCCAGGGACACUGUGCAGGUGGAACUCAUCCCGGAGAAGAAGGGCCUCUUCCUGAAGCAUGUGGAGUAUGAGGUUUCCAGCCAGCGCUUCAAGUCCUCUGUGUACAGACGGUACAAUGACUUUGUGGUCUUCCACGAAAUGUUGCUGCACAAGUUCCCGUACCGCAUGGUGCCUGCCCUCCCACCCAAGAGAGUGCUGGGAGCGGACAGGGAAUUCAUCGAGGGACGAAGGAGGGCCCUGAAGCGCUUCAUUAACUUGGUGGCUCGUCACCCCCCCUUCUCUGAGGACACCAUCCUAAAGCUCUUCCUUUCGUUUAGUGGCUCAGAUGUGCAGAACAAGCUGAAGGAAGCGGCCCAGUGUGUUGGAGAUGAAUUUAUGAACUGUAAGCUGGCUACUAGGGCCAAGGACUUCCUUCCCUCUGACAUCCAGACUCAAUUUGCUGUGAGCAGGGAGCUGAUUCGGAACAUCUACAAUAGCUUCUACAAGCUGCGAGACAGGGCGGAGAGGAUUGCUUCGAGGGCCAUCGACAAUGCUGCUGAUCUUCUCAUAUUUGGGAAGGAAUUGAGUGCUUUAGGGUCUGACACGACCCCCCUGCCCUCCUGGGCUGCUCUUCACCUCAGCACCUGGGGCUCCCUGAAGCAGGCCCUGAAGGGCCUCUCUGUGGAGUUCGCCCUGCUUGCAGACAAAGCUGCGCAGCAGGGCAAACAGGAAGAGAAUGAUGUGGUGGAGAAGUUGAACCUUUUCCUGGAUUUGCUCCAGUCCUAUAAAGAUCUGUGCGAGCGGCACGAGAAGGGCGUGUUGCACAAGCACCAGCGGGCGCUGCACAAGGACGGCCUGAUGAAAAGGCAGGCGGUGAGCAACCGCGAGCCCGAGUCAGUGGAGCAGCUGGAGUCCCGCAUCCUGGAGCAAGAGAACAUGAUUCAGACCAUGGAGCUUCGGAACUACUUCUCCCUGUACUGCCUGCACCAGGAGACGCAGCUCAUCCACGCCUACCUGCCCCUCACCUCCCACAUCCUCGGGGCCUUCGUUAACUCUCAGAUCCAAGGGCACAAGGAGAUGGGCAAGGUGUGGGAUGACCUGAAGCCGAAGCUCAGUUGCCUCUUCGCUGGACCACACAAUGCGCUGACGCCACCACGGUCCCCGCAGGAUGGCGUAUGUCCUCACUAGUGCCUGAGGCUGCGGCACAGUUCCCUGCGGCCUCACUAAAGCGUCUUUCCAAAUGGUGUGUCCCUGCCAAUUCCCUUCAGGUGGCCACUCCCGCCCGUGGUGCCCUGGUGGGUGAAAGGGAACAUCCAUCUGAGCCCAUGGGUGGGGCUGGUGGUUUUUCUCUUCCCUGGGUGGGAGGUCUAUGGCCCCCUGACCCCUGCCCAUCCUGCCCUGUGGCUGCUAGCCCGGUGCUGAGAAUUCGGGUUCCUCACGACACCCAGGGCCAGGGUUGCUGAGGCUCAUAAUUCCUGGAGGAGUGUGGAGGAGGCUCUAGGUGCUAAAACAGUCCAGAGGGCUGGCCUGGGGCAGGGGUCAGCUGAGCAGGGCAGAAGGGAGGACAGGACUGCCCCAUGACCUUUGGGUGACCAAAUGGCCAGUCUGUCAGAGGUCAGAACGUUGACCAGGGUCUGCAGACAUUCCAGCCUGGAUGCCUGCUGGUGUAGGUUGCUGGACGUAGUGUUUGAUGUUCUAGGGGACAGCUGAGGCCUGGUCUGGGGUCAGGUGUCCCUAAGCUGCCCCCUCCACAUGGGUACACUGUGAUCCUGAGUAUAAGACAAAGGCACAUUGAGAUCUUGGGAGAUGAAUGUGGAGGUUUCUGUCUGAGGGCUAGAAAUUGGUCUGUCCUUUUCCUUGUUUGGGGGCAGCCAGUGUUGGACUCCAUGUUGUGGGGCUCUGAGGCUUUAGGGGUGGGCAGGGACAGGUGUAGGGGUAUGUGUUGCCUUCAGCUGGGGUGUUGGGUGGAGCAUCCAUGUGAGUGCGCUUAAUUCCUUUUAAAACCAUUUCCUUCUUUUGGGCAACUGCAACCCCUCCAGCCCUGCUAUUCCAGGAGACUGGCCGGCUGAGGCCACUUCUCUCUUCAGGCUGAAGAAAGCCACUCUCAGAGCUCUGGGGUCAGACCUGGAUUGCUGCUGCUCACACCCCUUCUGUGGUGAACACGGAGCCACCUUUGAGCUCCCUGUCUUAGUAACCCAGGGAGAGAUGCGGAAGAGGGUCUGGUGGUCUAUAGUUCCUUCCAGGGAUGCCUCUUAGAUACUGAGGGGCAGGACUUGACCUCCUUGGACAUCCAUGCAGCUUGCAGGCCUGGAACACGGAGCCCCAGCACACUGCAUACCCUGAGGGUGGGAAGUUAUUCUACCUGCGCCAGAGGAUAUAGUGCUGUGAUUGGUGGCAGUGGGGAUUUGACUCUGUCCCUGCCGUGUAGUCUGUCCCUGCUUCCCUGUAACCUCCCUCUAUGGAAACAAGUCUUGGUUGCUGUGUGGACCUGUGUCACUUGCAGGACUUAUUCCCUGGCACCAAGACACUUGAGCUGUAACACCUGGCCCUGUUUGUGCUGAGCAGGCCACAAGGCCUCUUCUGUUCUGCCCCAAUUUGGGAGCCUGGCCUCUCGUUGUGGGACCAAAGUCUAUGGGGAAUUGUGGGCAUGGGGCUGGGGGCCCGAGUCUCUAGACUGGGCAAGACUGCACUCCUCAAGUAGCCAUUGGGACUUCUGGCCCCAAGCCUUCAGGAUGGACUGUUCUGAAAAGAGCUUCACUGCCAGGGACCCUGGGAUGAGUGAGUCCUGGUCACAUUCCUGGUGCCUCCUGCUAUGGAAGGAGGUCUCAGGGUCCUUAUAUUGUGUUAUGGAAAUGUGGGCCUAGGGGAGGACAGCCUGUCUGCUCUGCUUCGGUGCCUGUGGCUCAGGAGCCAGGGUGUGGGGCUCUUUCUGCAUGGCUGACAGUUCAGUUUGGAUGGAGUUCCCUUCCUUCACCUCUCCCACCCAAGGGGAAGAUCAGUGGGGUGGGGGGUACUUGCUAGACAGCAGAGGCCACUGUUUCUCACACUGGCACUUCCUGGUCCUGGGCAGAAGUGCUCCCACCUGGGGCAGGAUUGGCUACUCCCAGCUCUGGGGUGGAGUCCCUGUGGUGGCAAAGGGACCAAGGGUCCCUGCACCCUUCCCUAACUGUCCUGCUGCCUCAACCUGCGUGCCACGCCGUGGCCAUGCCUGGUCUGGUGGAAGGAUGGCUGGGUGUAAUCCUGGGCAAGGGAGGCUGAGUGGGAUCUUGCCUGCCACCUUCAGUUUGGACAGCCUGCGUGGCCAGCGGGAAGGCGACUGUAGAGCAGGAGCAAGUAGAACGUUCUGUCAGGUCUACCGUGCUCCAUCCAGGGCACUCAGUGACAAGGGGCUAGGCUGCCCAGGCCAUGCAGGAAGGGAAGACGGGCUGUAGGUCGCAAUGUGGACACCUGGGACUCUGAGCCCAUGAAUUCAGGAUUGUUCUUAGUGUCCAGGUCUUUUUCUUGUGCUUUGCGUGAGCCGGUCCUAUGUAUGAAGCACUUUACUAGCUGCAGGAAUCAGUUACUACUACACCCAAUAAACUGGAACUGUUUAUAGGUGA